UUCUCUUUUUCCAAACUCUUUUUUCCAUUCCUGUGUGUUUAAUAAUUCAAAAUGGUGAUGUUUUAAAUCAGGUGGCAAACGAUUAACUCGUUGUAAAACACCGUCAUAGUCUACCAGAUUGAUCUUGACCAGGCAGCAGAUGCUUGGCUGGCAUGGAAUAAUGCCCAUCUACUUUCCAGCACUUGCUGGCGUGGAAUCUAGUCACCCAACAUGGUCGGACCUGUUUAUAUCACUUCUCUGUUUCCUUAUAAGUCAGUAACUAGAGAGUUUCACAAUCACAAUUCAAUCUUUUCUGGGGAGCUUGUGCUGUUGGGAUUCUCUUUCUGUUUGUGGAUCAGGCUGUUAUUAGAGGCAGAGGUUGAAGUUGCAGGAAUUGCAAAUGACGAUCACCAUUCCAGAGCCCCUUCUUGGAGAUGAUAAAACCCUUAUUGAUGAGAAUCAUGCUGAGGAAAUUUCAGGAGAAUUGAUUUUGGAUGGUGGAUUUAUGACUCCAAAAAGCAAUGCAUUUGGCCAUGCUUUCAGAGAUUAUGAAAAGGAAAGCGAAAGACAGGCAACUGUUGAAGAGUUUUACAGGACUCAACACAUUAACCAGACUUAUGAUUUUGUUUUACGCAAGCGUGAAGAAUAUGGUAAGCUUGACAGAGCUGUGAUGAGCAUUUGGGAAUGUUGUGAGCUGCUGAAUGAGUUUGUAGAUGAGUCUGAUCCUGACCUUGAGGAGCCUCAAAUUGAGCAUCUCCUCCAAACAGCAGAAGCCAUUCGCAAAGAUUAUCCCAAUGAAGAUUGGCUUCAUUUGACUGGACUCAUUCAUGAUUUGGGCAAGGUGCUACUUCAUCCUAGAUUUGGAGCUGAACCUCAAUGGGCUGUUGUAGGUGACUCUUUCCCUGUUGGAUGUGCAUUCGAUGAAUCCAUAGUUCAUCACCAGUAUUUUAAAGGUAACCCAGAUUACUACAACCCCAAAUACAACACAAAAUAUGGAGUUUAUUCUGAGAAAUGUGGACUCGAAAAGGUUAUUAUGUCAUGGGGCCACGAUGAGUACAUGCACAUGGUUGCCAAAAUGAACAAUACCACAUUACCCCCUGUUGCACUCUUUAUCAUCAGAUUUCAUUCUUUCUACGCUCUGCAUCGUGCUGGUGCUUACACCCAUUUCAUAAAGGAGGAGGAUAACAAAAUGCUGGAGUGGCUUAAAAUAUUCAACAAAUACGAUUUAUAUAGUAAGAGUAAAGUAAGAGUUGAUGUGGAAGCUGUGAAACCCUACUAUCAGUCCCUCAUCAAGAAGUACUUUCCUGCUAAGUUGAGAUGGUGAAUGCAAAAGAAUUCACAUGGCUACGAGGCUGUGAACAUAUAUGCAGCAUCACACAACAUGAGAAAGACCCAAGUUUAAGAUUAGGUUUUAGUGGAAGUGUUUGCUGGAAUGGCAAGUCAUUUAUAAGGAUUAUUGUUCAGGCACAGAUGAUUUUGUAAAUUUCUGUGGUGUGUAAGCAAAGAGAUUGCUGGCCCUAAAUCCCAACUUAUAAAUAAAAACAAAUCACCAUUUCAUUA